AUGGCGAAUCCGUUAUACCAAGCUGCUGCUUAUGGCAAUAAAGGCUGUAUAGCGUUAGAUUUAUGGAAGCGAUAUCCAAAGUUAGCUCUUGAAAACAAUUCAGACCGAAAAAGUAUAUUACAAAUAUUAGCUGGUAAGCCUCUGGCUUUUGAAAGUGCGAGUUGGAGUCGCCUUGGGUUGUGGAGACGCUUGAUCUAUGAUUGGAUUCCUCUGCAAGACGAAUAUGUUCCUCCCAAUGAAAGUAACAAUGGGGACAUAGAAAACGCAGUUAAAUGUCUAGACGAGUUUAAAGAAUCCAAACAUUUUGGACCUAUUCGUCGAAUAAUCUAUGCUUUAUUUGGUGCUUUGAACCAAAUGAUCUGGCGUGUCCUCAUGCUGCUAGUCCUAGACAUCAAAAACAUUCGCGAUAUAAAGUUGACACAUAUACAAACCCUUCAAAUUGUUAGAAUAUUGUGUCAUGGUAAUAAAGUUACGUGGAAUCGUAAAGAGGCCCUUCAAACUUUCGAUUUCCCAAUUCUUGAAGCUGCAGAACUUGGGAUUUGCGAGAUUGUCAAUGAAAUUUUGAAUGCUUAUUUCUAUGCUUUUGCCUACCGCUACGGACAUAAUGGUCCCGGUCUACUUCAUAUGGCAAUUUUACAUCGCCAAGAAAAGAUUUUUAAAAUUUUAAAAGAAAGGAAUGUGCGUCAACCAACCUGGAAAGCGGCCAACACCGGUGGAAAAACUGACAACCUUUUGCAUUUGGCUGGACAGUUGGCAGCUUCAAGUCAAAUCUCUAGUGCAGCAUUGCAAAUGCAGAGAGAGCUACAAUGGUUCAAGGCUGUGGAAAGUUAUGUCCAUCCAUCCCUUCAAGAGCAACGAAAUGAGAAUAAUAAAACUCCUAGAGAAGUCUUUACAGAAGAACACAAGGAAUUGGUUAAACAAGGUGAACAAUGGAUGAAGGGAACUGCUGCAUCAUGUAGUGUUGUAGCCGCAUUGAUAAUAACUGUAGUUUUUACAGCAGCUUUCACCGUACUAGGUGGCAACAACAAUAACGAGAUACCCAAUUUCUUGCAUGAUAUAGCUUUCAUAGUCUUUGUCAUAUCAGAUCCGCUUGCACUCUUUUCUUCUACGGCUUCAGUGUUGAUGUUCUUGGCAAUCCUCACUUCACGUUAUUCAGAGGACGACUUUUUGGUGUCAUUGCCAAAUAAGUUAGUCAUUGGCCUUAUCACUCUAUUUUUUUCUAUUGCAAGCAUGAUGGUAGCAUUUGGUGCAACCCUUUACACGUUUCUUUCUCAUUCAUGGAAUUGGACUGUCAUUCCAAUUUCGCUACUUGGAUGCCUCCCAGUGACCUUAUUUGUCAUGUUGCAAUUUCCUCUCUUGGUUGAAAUUUUCUUGUCCACUUAUAGACCAAGCAUUUGA